AUAAAUAAAUUUAAAAAAAAAAAAAACUUCGAAAAAUAGUUUGAAGAAAACGCCGGCAAGAGAGUCAAUUGAAGAGAAAACCCUAUCACUCGAAUUCAAACCCAUAAUUGCAUUGUUUUAAGCUUGAACAAUCAUCAUACAAUGUUAAAUCUCAGGUUCCUUUGUUUUUCUUGAGAUGGUUCAUGUGUACAAUAGCUCUGGCAAUGACCUUAUCAGUAUUACCCUGACUCAAAGUGCUUCGAAAUGCAAUUAGUUAUAAAUGAUAGUCAUAAUGAAGAUAUUUCAGAACGUGAGCCCAUCUUAUGCCAGUCUGAGAGCUCGCACAGAUCGGUAGAAUCUUCUGCAUCCUGUGAAAUCAUAACCAUUGGAGGGGAUCAUGCUAUCUCUGAUGAAGAUGGGCUAAAUGUUCGAGUUGAAGACAACUGCCAACUGGUGAAUGCAGAUCAACCACAAUGCCGUAUAUGCCUCGAUUCUGAAGGGGAAGACUUGAUUGCUCCCUGCCACUGCAAAGGCACUCAGAAGUUUGUCCAUAGGUCGUGUCUUGACAAUUGGAGGUCCACAAAGGAGGGCUUUGCCUUUGCUCACUGUACUGAAUGCAGGGCUAUGUUCUUGUUACGUGCAAAUGUUCCUGUUGAUCGCUGGUGGUUGAGAUUAAAAUUCCAAUUUCUUGUUGCUAGGGAUCAUGCAUUCAUUUUCAUUGUCGUUCAACUGAUUGUGGCAUUCUUAGGAGUGCUGGUUUAUAACUUUUAUGGGGAAGAACUUAGGGAAAUGUUUGGUUAUGAAGAACACCCAUAUGGAUUUUAUACAAUGGCUGUUUUGGCUAUUCUUUUGGUGGGUUUGCUCUAUGGUUUCUUCAUAGCCAUAAUAUGUGGACAAAGGAUCAGCGAACGCCAUUACCAUGUUCUUGCUAAACAAGAACUAACAAAGGAAUAUGUUGUAGAAGAUCGAGAAGGUAAUAAGAAUGUUCCUGAACUUGACCCCAGUCAUGUGACCGAGCUGAGGAUGUUGGGCCUCUUUUAGUUUGGAAGUCGAAAGAUUCUGCUGUUUUGUAUGGAAAUUCUUACUUAUCUAUUCAGAUAUGGUUUUCAUUCUCGAGGAUCUCGUACAUCUUCAACGCACAGUUGCGGAUUAUUUGCUUGAGUUUAGGCCUUUAAACAAGAACAACCACUGUCUGCAGUGCCUAGACAAGCAUAUUCCCUCCCAUAGUUUCUUUUUUUUCGUUAUCAAAAGAUAUAGUGACCAAUAUUUAUCACCAAAAUGUUGUUAGUAAAUAAAUCGUUCUGUUUGUGACUUUCAUGCCAGAACUUGUACAGCUCAUUUGUUGUUUGUAUCCCAAAAGGAAGUUUGAAACAAAAAAGCAAAGUUUCUGUAGCCCUUGGUUGCUGUUGUACCUGGUUGAACAAAUUCUGUGUUACUCAUCCAUGUGGUUUAUUUUAAGUUUUUUUGAACUUUUUUUUUA